ACCGUAGAUGUCAAAGGCUGAAGCUGCUCCCUUUGCCACAUUAUAACUAGUAGGGGAUCCUCACCGACCAUGGCCACAGCUGCCUCGAAUCCCUACAGCAUUCUCAGUUCCAGCUCCCUAGUCCAUGCGGACUCUGCGGGCAUGCAGCAGGGGAGUCCUUUCCGCAAUCCUCAAAAACUUCUCCAAAGUGAAUACUUGCAGGGAGUUCCCAGCAAUGGGCAUCCCCUCGGGCAUCAUUGGGUGACCAGUCUGAGCGAUGGGGGCCCUUGGUCCUCCACGCUAGCCACCAGCCCUCUGGACCAGCAGGACGUGAAGCCCGGACGUGAAGACCUGCAGUUGGGUUCGAUCAUCCAUCACCGCUCGCCACACGUAGCCCACCACUCGCCGCACACUAACCACCCAAACGCCUGGGGGACGAGCCCAGCUCCAAACCCGUCCAUCACGUCAAGCGGCCAACCCCUUAACGUGUAUUCACAGCCCGGCUUCACCGUGAGCGGCAUGCUGGAGCACGGGGGACUCACCCCACCGCCGGCAGCCGCCUCCACACAGAACCUGCAUCCUGUGCUCCGUGAGCCCCCAGACCAUGGCGAACUUGGUUCACACCACUGCCAGGACCACUCAGACGAGGAGACGCCAACCUCAGAUGAGUUGGAACAGUUCGCCAAACAAUUCAAACAAAGAAGAAUCAAGUUGGGUUUCACGCAGGCCGACGUGGGGCUAGCGCUGGGCACAUUGUAUGGCAACGUGUUCUCGCAGACCACUAUCUGCAGGUUUGAGGCCUUGCAACUGAGCUUCAAGAACAUGUGCAAGCUGAAGCCCUUGCUGAACAAGUGGCUGGAAGAGGCGGAUUCAUCCACAGGGAGCCCGACCAGCAUUGACAAGAUCGCCGCCCAGGGCCGCAAGCGCAAGAAGCGAACCUCCAUCGAGGUGAGUGUCAAGGGCGUACUGGAGACGCAUUUCCUCAAGUGUCCCAAGCCUGCCGCGCAGGAGAUCUCCUCGCUGGCAGACAGCCUCCAGUUGGAGAAAGAAGUGGUGCGUGUCUGGUUCUGUAAUCGAAGACAAAAAGAAAAAAGAAUGACUCCGCCAGGGGAUCAGCAGCCGCAUGAGGUUUAUUCUCACACCGUGAAAACAGACACAUCGUGCCACGAUCUCUGACUGGAGGAAGAG